GCUGAAACACCAGGAAAAAAUAUAUGGCAGUUAGUUCCCGUGCCCCUAAUCGUAUGUCGAUUGUUGCUUGUCGUUGAAGCAGAGUAGAACUAAUUUUUGGAAGACGCAAGAGUGUGAUAAUCGGAGAGUUUAUUUAAUCGAAGCUAAAUGGCACCACGCAGGCAGAUAAAACAACCGGCGGCAACGGACGGCAAGCCAAGGCAGGGCAGAAGCCGGCAGGUGAAGGCAAGUAAACGCGAAAACGAAGUUGCAGCCAGCGACGAGUUGACGAAUCCGCCGAAAAAGUCACGCGGUAGACAGAAGAAUGUUGCCACCAGUCCCGUCGCUGGCACAACCGCGAAAAACAAAGACGCAAGGAGUAAGUCCAAAAAUCAAGCCGAGAAAGAACCGGAGGAUGUAGUGGUGAUAAGCAGCGCGAGCGAGAAUGAGAUAAUUGAAAAGAAAACUCGCGGCAGGAAGAACGCAGAAAAGGCGGGAAACAAAGUGGCAAAAGAUAACACGCCAGUUGCCAGGAAGCCAAAAAUUACUAUGGUUGAAAAUUACGACCGAGAUCCCGGAGAGAGCACCGUCGGCGAAGGCUCGACGAAGAGAUCGACUCGUCGCACGAAAAAAACUGUAGAUGAGAGCGACGCGACAACACAACCUAUCUCCGUGAAGGCGGUGUCUAAGAAACGGAAGAACACGAAUGCGCAGGUCGACAAGGAGAACGAGAGGGAAAAGGCGCGAGAGCGUAGGAGUAGGGCGCAAGGAUGGAUUUGGCUGUCAGAAGAUCUCCCGGCAGAGGAAAGAAGGAGGAUAAUGAUUAUGCAUGCACCUAUUACUAAGAAGAAGCAGAAGAAAGGGAAGACAGUAAAGUUAUGGCUGCCAAAAGAUCUUCCAGCGAAAGAAAAAAGGAAGAUAGCGAUGACGCACAUGAAUUCUUAAAAUUUGCAUUUUGUUUGAUUUGCUAGAAUGUAUAUUUGCUGAUCAUAGACAUAGGUAGAAAGCAAGAUUGGGAGAAAUCUCAUAUUUAAGAAAUUUUGAAUAAAUUCCAAUGAUAUUCCAAUAUAAUUUCUGAAAUAAGAUUAACGAGAUUAAUGAAACAUUUAGGCCUACCAUCUAAUUCAGUGCCUUCCAAAGGAAUAUCCAAGAAAAACUAGCAAAAAAUUCCUAAACCAUUGUCAAAGGAGACAAAAAUUAAAAAAAGAGAAAUAUGGGAAGAGUGAACAAAAAGUUGAAACAAAGGGAAAACAGAAGAAAAAAUAAACAAGAUAGGACUGUUAUGUCUGUUAAUGAGGAAGAAGCGAAAAAAGAUAUAACUGCAGAAAACUAAUAAAAGAAGUAUGGUGUCAGAGAUAAACAAAGAUACAAAUGAUAUUUCCUAGGACGCGAUAAAAGAAUGUUAUUGAAAAAUAUUUCAAAGAAAACAUUUUUUAAGGAUGUUUUUUGUCAAAAAUGUUUAAUAUUUGAUUUUCAGCUGUAUAUCAGUAUAACAUGUAAUGUUAUAAAAUAGAUCUUUUGAUGAUAGAUCUCGUGCAAAAUUUUUCCUAUUUGGGCAAUAUCUGCUACAGUCUAUAAGAAAUCAUUUAUUUUGUAUAGCAAAUAUUUAUAUGUAUAAUAAUAAUACUAAAUGUAAUUAUGUUAAUAUAUAUUAUUAUAAUAAAUAUUGUUAUUGAAAUAUAAAAUUUGAAUAAAGACUCGAGCAAUAAAGAGUUAAUGUCUCUGGUUGCCCAUAUAGGAGUGUUUAGCAUGUACAUUAUAUAUAUUUUUCUACAGAUAUAAUAUUUAUGAUAUGCAUAUAUAUCUAUGCAUUGUUUCCGUUCUUUAGUCUUGUAGGUUUACUUGCAACAUUCAUUUCUAUUGGUAAUAAUGUAAUUGAUCGAUCUUUGACGGAAAAUUUGAGUUUGCAGCUUCAUAAAACAAGGAAGAUUUACAAUGUUAAAAACGAAUUUUAUAUCUUUAUUAUUAAUUAUUAUUAUAUUAUAUAACAAUAAUUUUGGACAAGUACAAUUAGAUUUUAAUUGUCUUUGGGUAUGUUCAAGUCAGUAAAACUUCUCAUUUCAGCAUAUAAACUGCAAAUAAGUUCAAGUAAUCAAUUGUAAAAUUUUUUAAACAAUCUGUUCACCAAGUAACUGAUUCUUCUAGAAAUCUAUUUAUAUGUAGAUCUAAUCACAAUUAUGUUUAACUGCUCCACGAAUAUAAUUGCGUUUCGAAAUCUAUUAAAAAAAAAAUUGUAAUCUUAGUAACUGACUGUAUAGUGUUGCCUAUAACCAUAUAAUAUGCUAAUAAAAUUAUUUACACUUGAAAAUAAUAUAUUUCUAUUAACAUAUGGAAAUUUUCUUUUUCUCAUUACUAUAAUUAGCUAGCUACUAUUAGCUAUUUAAUUUGCUGACUUAAACACUCCCUUACUAGUUAAUGAAACGAAUGUUUGUAUCUCUUAGAUAAGACUAAAUAUACAUAAUUCCAAGUGAAUUCUGAUGAGCAUUUGCAUAUUAUGAUUGGAUAAUUACAUCGUGUUCUAUUCAAUAAUUAUGUAUAUAUAUACAUACAGGGUGUCCCAAAAUAUGUGAGUCAAUGCUCGUAAAAAGGUAGAAGAGAUCGAGAUGAGCAUAAAAGUCCAAUAUUGUCUUGGGUUAGGUCCACCAAUAAUCGAGGUAUUAAUUUUUCAAAUUAUGCGAAUGAGAGCGCACUGAGGGAAGAGCUCGAUUCGCUCGAGCCAUAACAUGGAAGAAAAAAUCUAUCGUGAAUGUAUGAUAAGCUUUCAUUAAUUUACUGUUUACAAUUACACGAUAGAAAUUAAUUAAAUUAUUUGCAGAUUCCAUACGUUAAUUUCUCGAUUAUUGGUGAACCUAACCCAAGACAAUAUUGGACUUUUAUGUUCAUCUCGAUCCCUUCUACCUUUUUACAUACAUGUUUUGGGACACCCUGUAUAUAUGCAUUUACUACGAUCAAAUGAUAAUAGACGUGUAUGUGUUUUUAUAAAUAUUAAUACCUUACUUAAAAAAUUA